UUCUCCUGGGUUUGCCCAGCAAGAAGGCAUACGUAGUAGGCUAUUGGUAGGCUUGCUUCAGGGAAGCGGGAAGGUAGGUCUGCACAAACUCACAUUCCUUACCCAACCACCCCAGCCCUUGUUUUGCCUAUCUGCCGAUAUCUAUAGAGCUAAGGAAGUGUUUUUGGAACGUCACCCUGCCUGACCCCUUGCAGCCUUUGAACUCACCCAUGCAGAUCCCUAGGACCUGAAUCUUGCUGAGCAAGGAAUCAACCAGGGCUGAUGAAGAAACCCAGAGAGGUGGAGGCCAUGCUUCUGCCACUGAAGAUGCCAGGAGUGUCAAGAUGCUGGCAACAGCAAAAGAACAGCUUGCCAUAGCCAUACAGAAUUCAUUGACCUAUGAUGAUGUGCAUAUCAGCUUCAGUUGCAAAGAGUGGGCUUUGCUGGAUGCUUCCCAGAAGAGACUCUACAAAGAUGUGAUGCUGGAAACCUACAGUAACCUUACUGCUAUAGGCUACAAAUGGGAAGACCAUAAUAUCGAAGAACAUUGUCAAAGAUUUCGAAGACAUGGAAGGCAUAAAAGAAGUCGUACUGAAGAGAGACCCUAUGAAUGUAGGCAAUGUGGUAAAACCUUUUCCCAUCGGUGUUAUCUCCAUAACCAUGAAAGAAGACAUACUGGAGAGAAACCCUAUGAAUGUAAUCAAUGUGGAAAAGCCUUUGCAAAUCGAAGUCAUCUCAACAUUCAUAAAAGGAGCCACACUGGAGAGAAACCCUAUCCAUGUAAUCAUUGUGGAAAAGCCUUUUCACAACAGAGUCAUCUCAACAUUCAUAAAAGAAUCCAUACUGGAGAGAAACCCUAUCAAUGUAAUCAAUGUGAAAAAGCUUUUACAGAUUACACUCAUCUUAGAAGACAUGAAAUAAUUCAUACUGGAGUGAAACCCUAUGAAUGUAAUCAAUGUGGUAAAGCCUUUUCAAAACAUGGUAGUCUCCAAACACAUAAAAGAACUCAUACUGGAGAGAAACCCUAUCAAUGUAAUCAUUGUGGAAAAGCUUUUGCAGAUUACAGUUAUGUUAAAUUACAUGAAAGAACUCAUACUGGAGUGAAACCCUAUGAAUGUAAUCACUGUGGGAAAGCCUUUUCACAACGGAGCCAUCUCCAAAUUCAUAAAAGAACGCAUACUGGAGAAAAACCCUAUGAAUGCAAGCAAUGUUAUAAAACUUUUGCAAAUUGCAGUGCUCUUAAAAUACAUGACAGAACUCAUACUGGAGUGAAACCGUAUGAAUGUGAUCAAUGUGGGAAAGCCUUUUCACACCACAAUAGUCUCCAAACACAUAAAAGAACUCAUACUGGAGAGAAACCCUAUGAAUGUAAUGAAUGUGGGAAAGCCUUUGCAAAACACAGUGGUCUCCAGUCGCAUAAAAGAACUCAUACUGGAGAGAAACCCUAUGAAUGUAAGCAAUGUGGGAAAGCCUUUUCACAAUGGAGUCAUCUCAAAAUUCAUAAAAGAACUCAUAUUUGAGUGAAAACCUAAGAAUGUGAUUAAUGUGGGAAAGACUUUUCAGACUACAAUAGUCUCCAAGCACAUAAAAUAAUUCAUA